AUUCUGAGAUCUUGUUUUCAAUAGAGAUAAUUCAUUGAAGUUUCACCAAAUCAGUCGUACUUUCUCGACAUUUAAAUGGUAUAAUUAUGCUUUGAUUGGUGUUGAUUUCAUUUGAUUUUCUGCUGUUGAUGAGCGUUUGAUUGUAAACAGACUUCACAUGCCAAAAGUCCUACAGAAACUUUCUGAAUGUCAUACUCAUCUAGGUAAAGCCUGUUUGCUCUGGUGGAAGUCUGUUUGGGUUAUGAUGUGGAGCUAGGAAGUUGAUUCCAAUCCAAAGUGGGAAGAACAAUCAGAGAUUACAGAUAUAUCUUGAAGCUGGAUUAAGAGUUCAACUGGCACUCUGUACAAUAUUCUUGAAUUGGGAGGUAUUUUAAUGGUUGGAUACAAUCCAGAACUCAAGCUUACGGAACGGGAUUAUGUUAUUGCUGGUGGGAUCAGUAAUGGUGUAGCAAGGGCAGUAACUCAACCAUUUGAUGUGCUCAAGAUCAGAUUUCAGCUGCAAAUUGAACCACUGUCAAAACAGAGCUCAUCAUCCAAGUACCAUGGUUUAUACCAGGCAUUCAGGUGUAUAGUAAAAGAAGAAAGUUACAGAGCCCUGUGGAAGGGACAUGUACCAGCUCAGUUGCUAUCCGUUGGUUAUGGAGUGGUACAGUUUUCCGCAUUUGAAUACACAACAAAAAUAGCAUGGAAUAUAUUACCAGAGAAAUAUGCGAAAGAAUACCGUCCUUUGACACACAUGGUUUGUGGAGGUAUAUCUGCAUGUAUAUCCACCAUGACUGUACAACCAGUAGAUGUGCUUAGAACAAGAUUUGUUGCUCAGGGAGAGCCUAAGAUUUAUACAUCAUUCCAUCAUGCUGCUGGAUCUAUAUUAAGAACAGAAGGGGUUAGAGGGUUUUACAAGGGUCUCACACCUGCUGUUAUAGGUAUCGCACCACAAAUGGGACUUCAGUUUGGAUUCUAUGCUUUGUUACAGAAUAUAUGGAAUACAGCCUUUAGUCUUCCACAAGGACAUUAUCCAGACACCAUUGAAAGCUUCAUCUGUGGUUCUGGCUCAGGAUUUUUCAGCAAGUUAUUGAUUUAUCCAUUAGACCUGAUGAAGAAACGCCUGCAGAUACAAGGUUUUGAAGAGGCUAGACAUCCUUUUGGAAAGGUCAGCAAGUACACUGGACUUGGCCACUGCUUUAUAAGUUUAGUGAAAGAGGAAGGUGUUCUUGGACUUUAUAAAGGAUUGAGUCCCAGUCUACUGAAAGCGGUUUUUGUUUCAGGCACUAUAUUUUGUGUAUAUGAUCAGAUAUGUUUACUAUUAUCAUUGAGGCAUAGUUGAUAGGUUGUUUCUUCUAACAGACUACAUAAUUUUAAAAAAUUGCUAAAAGAGAAUCUGAUAAUUACUGAGUGAAAAUAUCAAAAAUAAUUUUGCUGGUACUGAACUAUACUUGAACACAGAAGAAAAUGAAAUAUAAGAAAUCAGAAAUCAAAAUACAUUCAGGAAAAGAUGUUAAAAUUAUUCCUUCAAGAACAGAAACAUAAGUGGUGUAAAGAAAGUUUGUUCUAGCUAAAUUAUUUUACUGAGAUAUAAAAGACAACAAGAAAUGUCCAUACUGUUCAGUGAAAGAUUACUUAGUGAUCAUAAAUUUAAUUUAGUUUUAAGAAAAGUAUAAAAUGCGAAUAUAAUAAAAAGAUAAUUGGAGUUACAAUGAGAAAUAUGCACAAUGUUCUUCCAUGAAGAAAUAUUGCUGUCCGUUCGUCAUGAAUGAUAUCUCCACUACAACUUUUCUUGACACAGACCUAAUGAUCUAUGAAUAUAUGUGUCCUAGAACUCUUUGAGUACCUUCUGUUGCAGUAAUAGAAAAGUAGUCAUAUUCAAAUGUUGUGUGAAAAUAAUUUAUUGAGAGUUGUUGAGGUAAAUUGCAUUGUUAACUUUUUAUUUUGAUAGAUUCUGAAAGUAGACAAUUUUAAUUUUCCCUUUAAAUUUAUGUUUUAUUUAGUAUUAAGUUUAGUUUUUUCAACUGAUUGCAAUAAAGUACUGUAUUAUCAUGAUUUUUAAGAUACAUGUACUUAAUUUACCAGAUUGUAAGAUCUAUUGGCUUUGAAAAACACAAACGUUUCACCAAAUGUAACAUAUUACAUACUUAUUGAAUGAUAUACUGGGCAAUAUUAAAACUAUUUCCUCAAAGUAGUGGAAGGAUUGGUUGACAUCCAUAGAUGUCUGAAGGCAAAUGCUUUUUUUUUUACCUGAGAAAGCCUUUCAGUAAGUGAUUUGCUACAUGAAGCACGAAAUUUAAAUGAUAUUUCUUGAUGCCUUACCGCAUAGGCGUAGGAGCAGGGGGGGCCAGCGGGGGCCAGGCCCCCGCAAAGCUAGGAGAGGGGGGCCCCAACUAUAGUUUGGCCCCCCCAAUAUUUUGGAAAAGAGAUAUAACUUGCAGUCCAAUAUAACAUUUACUUAGCAUCAUAUAAUCCUUUUCAACCUGACUUCUGAUUUGCAUUUCCCUUGUAUUCUGACGUGUCUCUUUCCGUAGUGUGAGUACUGAAAUCUGUACGCGCCACCCCAAGGAUUGUUUGAUUACAUUUUAUAAAAAUAAUAUAUCAUUGAGCGCAAGCACUACAGUUCCAGUUAGAGCGUCUGCAAAAUCUGUGUAUAACUAUUAAGCCUUUUUACGCAUGUAAACGUUAUGUUUUUUUUUGUUUUUUUUUCAUUGUCCAUUCAAGUGAAAUGAUAUUUCCACAACUUUAUAUCACAGUUAGACAAAUGCAGUGCUUAUUGAUUGUAUGUCCAGGGCUUCAACAGAAUGUAAAGAAAAUGACACACUUAAUUAGAACAAUACAUAAUAUGACUGAUUAAGACAGUUCAGUGCCUAGGCGUAUGUGUAUCAUCAGAAUAACUCAGUGAUUGCUAAAACAUAGAGGCUUGAGGGGGCCUAUGGCCCAUUUGGCCCCUGUACAAGGCUUUGAGGCUUUGUCAUAAAUAAUGCAUCGGUAAUACCUUGCAGCACCCCCCACCCCCGGUUCGAAAAGAUUUGGCCCCCCCAAAGUUAAACUCGCUCCUACGCCCAUGCCUUACCGGUAUACAUAUAAUCUAAAAAAGCCCACCUUAUCUAACACAAGGUGAUUGACUAGCUCUUUUACUGUAGACAUAGCAUAUCAAAAACUGCUUACCUGUGAUUUAUAUUUAUAAGCAGCCAGUUUUUAAAAAAUCUUUAUUCAUUGUUGGCCGAGUUUUGUAUGUUUCAUGUUUACUUCUGUCAAGGAAUAAAAUCCAGCUGAGCAAGUAAAAUUCAUGUUUAUUUCUAUCUUCGAAUUUUAAUUUCAAAAAUCAUUAAGUUCACGUCCCAAUGAUAUAGCCAUAUUUGUUGAAACUACGAAGUGUCAUAUUGGGGAAUGGCGUUGCAACAAUCAGUUUGGCAGCUUAUUGUAGUCACCAUACUCAUAUAUUACAAAGAAGAUAUUUGUUAACAGUAAUUGAAUCUCUUGUUUCAUUUUAUUUUUAUGUUUUUAUUCUAUGUUUGUUACUGGUGUUAUAUAAUUUUGAAUUCACAUAUUUCACACUGUGUUUUUUUCUGAUUUUUAAUUGUUAUAACAAAAUUACAGCACUAUGCAUCACAAUACAAUAGAUUUCCAUAGAUUUAAAGAGAAACAUUUUAAAGUAGUUCCACAUUUGAAAUGAAUAUUGUUCUACAAUAUAGAAUUUUAUGAAACCAUACAUUUUCAAAGUAUCGCUGUAUCUGAAGGGAAAAUGGCCAAUAAAAAGAUAGGGUCGUGUUCUCGAUUUUUUUUUAGACUGAUUUGAAAAUACUAGUUCUCUGUUCAAUUUUUACUAUGAGAUUAUGUGAGAAUAAUUGCCCUUUUGGUGACAUUUUUGUGAAUAAAAAAAGUUCCAAAGUGUAGAUGUUAAUGAAACUUUUCAAAGUUGUCAAUUUACAUAUUUUCAGCCACAUGUCCAAAAAAAAUGUAUAGGUCCUUACGCUUAAGUUUUUACUAUUUGCUAAAUUUCAGUUGGAGUCUUUACACUGCUACUUACUAGUAUUUAAAGUUAUUAUUUUGUAUUAUUUUACAUCAAAACUUAUUGACAAAAUUAACCUUGAGAAAGACAGUACUGCUGAUGGUUAACCUUUAGCCUGCUAAAUUUCUAAAAUCGGAUGGUCCAUCAUUGACUUUGGGCAGUACCAUUUAUUAAUUGAAGGGGUUUUCACUGAAAAUUUACUGACUGAAUAGUGAACAAUGCAGACCAUGAUCAGCGCACGAAUGUGCAUGCUUAUCUUGGUGACUUAGUCUGCACUGGUCACAAAGGCAGAAUCACUUGCCAACAGCAGGCUGAAGGUUAAACACUUAAUUUGGGAUAUCAUAUAAUCCUGGAAAUUUAUUUUACCUGAAUAAUGAUUACCAGGCAUUAUAUAAUGUGCUCAGGAUAAAUGACACUACACAGUCAUUUUUAAAAGAAAGGUAGAACUACCUUGAAAUGUUGAACAUUCCACAGCAUUUGUAUUUUAUAGUAUCAAUAUUUUAUUUUGUGUGCAACUGAGCUACACAAUUUUGGGAAAAACUAGGUUCGGUCUUGAAGUCAUCAUGAAACUUAAAAUGUCCUAUACCACACACUACAUUGUAUUACCAGUUUAUUUCAAAUUUUGAUUUCUUUAAAAAUUGCACAAAUAUUUUCUAUCAAAAAUAUUCGAUAUUACAACAUUACUGGUUCAGUGCCUAAAUCCGGACAGUGCUUAAUAAUUCGGACACUGUUUAAAAACGCUUUACGAUCAUGAUUUUUUACUGAAAUGAACAGGAUCGACGCAAACGAAAGCUUUGAUGACCAGCUGUCAACAACAGUGUACGAAUGUAAGCUUUUCCAGAGAACACUACCUUCAAAUACCUGCACCGCAUAAAGUAAACAUUGUGUGUGUUGGGGGAUGACGUCAUAUAGCGCGCGCCAGUUCUUUGAGGUGCGACGAGGUACUGAUUAAAUAAGAAAAAUAUUCUGCCUAUUGCAGACGACUCUUUUUGUUUGCUGAUCGAAACUGAUGUAAAAACAUGUUUUGGAAUUCUGUACUACCCUCAGUAUUUAUUUAAAAGAUUUAACCAAUUUCUGUUAUAUAUCAAUUAAUUCAGUAAAAAAAAAAAUGCCAGCAUUUUGCAGAAAGGGAAGCAAUUCAUUAGAUAAAAUCGGCGCAGUGUCAUUAUAAUGAUCUCCGUAGUUGUGUCAAAAUGUAUAACGACAGCGACAGAAUCUACAUGUAAGAAAGAAUAAUUUUAAACAUUAAUUUUUGCUCAGAUAAAUUUUGUUAUAUUAUUGUUAUAUUUGGCAAUUAUAUAAAGUUAGAAACUAGUCCAUAUGAUCACGUGAUGAACAGGUCAUAAAAUUUUAUUCGGAUGGAGAUGUUUAUAUAUAUUUACAGGACUGUAUUUGACUGCUUUAUUUUAAACAAAGUCGUGUUUAUUGUUAUUUUUAGGUGCACAUAUUCGUUGCAUUUUACACCCAAAUAGUGUCCGAAUAUUUAAGCACUCUGAAGGUCAAUUUUGACAGCUUUUACUGGCCCAAUUCGGAUGACAUUUUUAUGAUGAAAUCAGCAAUAUACGAUUUUGUUGUUUUGCAAAGAGAUUUAUAAAGAACCUAAAAUUAUACAGUUAAAAUGUUAUGCACGUGUGUUUUCAUAAUGCAAAGUUACUGUCAAAAACCCACCAAAAAUGUCCGGAUUUAGGCACUGGACCAGUAAAGGAUACAGUGUGUAUUGAAAAGAAACAGAAUCUAAAAAGACAACCUUCAUCAAGCUUUUUGUUUGAUUUUUGCUAGAACAUUGGUGAAAGGCACUGUUUGGGAUAUGUGAAUCAAACAUUUUAUAUGUAAUACAUGUCAGGUUUGAAAGUAUUUAUUAGUUUGGAAUAGUUAAUUGUUAUAGAGUGUAUGUUUUAUAAGUACUGUACAGAUAGUAUGAAUCUGGUUUAUAGUAUGCAUUUCAACCUUUCUAGAGAUACCUGUCACUAGAUACACAUUAGCAGUAAGGUGACAUCAUUGGGAGAUUGUGCCAUUUCAAAAAUUAGAUAUACAUGUUUUCCUUUCUCCAAAAAGUUUCAUUAGUUUUGUGUAUACUGUUCUUGCUUAAUUCUACAAUUCACUAUUGUGUAUGUGUUUCUCUUAGUAAGUUUCAAAUACAUACACUAAAAAUAGCAACUAGCAACUAGUAUAAGCAAAUAAACCAAAUUAUAUAGAAGAUGUACAGUGUGCGAAACACAAUACUAAUGCCAGAUAUUCUUUUACUGAUCUUGGGUAUGUGAUAGAAAUACAGUGCAGCCUCUCUACAGCAAACACCAAUGUGAAAAUUCAAAGCAAAUGUCAACAGGGGUAUUCAAGGCAAACACCAACAGGAAAAUUCAAAGCAAACACCAACAAGAAAAUUCAAAGCAAAUGCCAAUAGGAAAAUUCAAAGCAAAUACCAACAGAAAAAUUCAAAGCAAACACCAGCAGAAAAAUAAAGAUGUGUUUGUUGUACAGUGGUUAUUCUCUGGAGAGGUUAAUUUACUAAGUAUUCUAUGUAGCAGGAAAGUAAAUACUUACUUUGUUCGUAGGUUAAGACAGGGAACCUUAAAAUCAUUAAUCUUUAUGGUUUUUUAAAUUUUUUUGGAUUUCGUGGUUGUGUCAAUCCUCAAAAUCAAGUAAAAAAAAAAAAAAAAAAUUGUUAUUAGUCCUUUACCAAGGGUGGGCAGGGACUAUAGGAAUGUCCUCCGUCCAUCCGUCUGCAAAUCUGGAUCCUAUGAUAACUCAAAAAGUAUUCAAGCUAGGUUCAUAAAACUUGGUUUGUGAAUAGAGGGCAAUAUGUAGAUACUGCAAAUACAUGACUUAUGCUUGUAGGUCAGAGGUCAAGGUCACUAUUGAAGGUCAAGAAAAACUGUUUCUGCUCCAUAACUUUUAUAUGCAUUGAUGGAUUAUCAUAGUACUACACACAAAACUUUCCCAUGAUGAGAGAAUUUGUCAACGCAUGAUCUAUGCUUGUCGGUUAAAGGUCAAGGUUACUGUUCAAGGUCAUGUAAAAAUUUGUUUCUGUUCCAUUACUUUUAAUUGCAUUGAAAGAAGUUUUUAGUACUACAUGGAAAUGUUCCUCAUGAUUAGACUAUGUGCCACACACAUGACCCAUGGUGGUCAAGGUCACCAUUGAAGGUCAAGUAAAAUUGGUUUUUUUUUUUUACCUGUAGGGGACCUCUAUAUUGCCACUGCGAUACUCGGUCACUUGUUCAUUUUAUAAUCAAAUGUUGAAUAUCAAGAAUUAUCGUGAUAAAAGAGAAUUUUGGUCAAAACCAAAAAUUAUCAUGCCUGUGAAAUUAAAUGUUUUCACUGUAUUAUUCAGAAUUAUACAAGUUAAACAUGUUAACUAGCAAAGAUGAAUACUAACAAUAAUUACCAAGUUUAUAUACAAUAUAUGGAUCACACAUUGUAAUUCAGUAUCAGGAAUUUGUAGAAAGGUUUCUAAAUUAACACUGUCACACUUACAUUCUUUGUACCAUCACAUUUUUAGCUCACCUGUCACAAAGUGACAAGGUGAGCUUUUGUGAUCACGCAGCGUCCGUGCGUGUGUGCGUCCGUCCGUAAACUUUUGAUUGUGACCACUCUAGAGGUCACAUUUUUCAUGGGGUCUUUAUGAAAAUUGGUCAGAAUGUACAUCUUGAUGAUAUCUAGGUAAAGUUCGAAACUGGGUCACGUGCAGUCAAAAACUAGGUCAGUAGGUCUAAAAAUAGAAAAACCUUGUGACCUCUCUAGAAGUCAUAUUUUUCACAAGAUCUUCAUGAAAAUUAGUCAGAAUGUUUACCUUGAUGAUAUCUAGGUCAAGUUCGAAACUGGGUUACGUGGGGUCAAAAACUAAGUCAGUAGGUCAAAUAAUAGAAAAACCUUGUGACCUCUCUAGAGGCCAUAUUUUUCAUGGGAUCUGUAUGAAAGUUGGUCUGAAUGUUCAUUUUGAUGAUAUCUAGGUCAAGUUCGAAACUGGGUCACAUGUGAUCAAAAACUAGGUCAGUAGGUCUGAAAAUAGAAAUACAUUGUGACCUCUCUAGAGGUCAUAUUUUUCAUAAGACCUUCAUGGAAAUUGGUCAGAAUGUUCACCUUGAUGAUAUCUAGGUCAAGUUCGAAACUGGGUCACGUGCGGUCAAAAACAACGUCAGUAGGUCAAAUAAUAGAAAAACCUUGUGACCUCUCGAGGCCAUAUUUUUCAUGGGAUCUGUAUGAAAGUCUGUCUGAAUGUUCAUCUUGAUGAUAUCUAGGUCAGGUUCGAAACUAGGUCAUGUGCGGUCAAAAACUAGGUCAGUAGUUCUAAAAAUAGAAAAACAUUGUGAGCUCCCUAGAGUCCAUACUUGUGAAUGGAUCUUCAUAAAAAUUAGUCAGAAUGUUCACCUUGAUGAUAUCUAGGUCAAGUUUGAAAGUGGGUCAUGUGCCAUCAAUAACUAGGUCAGUAGGUCAGUUAAUUAAAAAACCUUUUGACCUCUCUGGAGGCCAAAUUUUUCAUGGGAUCUGUAUGAAAGUCUGUCUGAAUGUUCAUCUUGAUGAUAUUUAGGUCAAGUUCAAAACUGGGUCAACUGCGGUCAAAAACUAGGUCAGUAGGUCUAAAAAUAGAAAAACCUUGUGACCUCUGUAGAGGCCAUACUUUUGAAUGGAUCUUCAUGAAAAUUGGUCAGAAUGUUUACCUUAGAUGAUAUCUAGGUCAAAUUCGAAACUGGGUCACGUGCCGUCAAUAACUAGGUCAGUAGGUCAAAUACAAUAACUAGGUCAGUAGGUCAAAUAAUAAAAAACCUUGUGACCUCUCUAGAGGCCAUAUUUUUCAAAGGAUCUUCAUGAAAAUUGGUCAGAAUUUUUAUAUUGAUGAUAUCUAGGUCAGGUUCAAAACAGGGUCACAUGAGCUCAAAAAAUAGUCACUAUGUCGGCGAUAUAUGGCCUUUUUGUGUCAGUUUGCCGUAAAAUCUAACUCACUCACUCACACAAAUAAUAGAAAAAACGACGUCAUACUCAGUUCAAAACUGGGUCAUGUGGGGACAGGUGAGCGAAUCAGGACCAUCAUGGUCCUCUUGUUAUUUUUACAAUUACAUUUUAUCUUUUUCUUCUACUGGCACACAAGUCCUGCAAUAAUCACUCAUCAAUAGGAUAACAUAGACAGAUAUUUUGUAAUUAACAUGUCAGUAUUUCUUUAAAUAACAAAAUUAAACCAGUAAUUCAUGUAUUAGAAUUUUAAAUUGAAUGUCAGUAAAUUUUGUUAUUUUCUCUUGUUAUUGACUAAAUUGUUAAUAAAGAUUUUUAUAAAUAAACAUUUAAAAUUA